ACGAAAGCGGCAGCGUGCAAGAUCUGUGAUUCUAUCGAUCGAGUUCCCAAACCCGAACCCGAAGCAUUCCAGUGCGAUCAUACGCAAAUUCAAAACCUAAAACAUGAAGUCCAUCAUUCUGUGUCUGGUGUUUGUGCUGGCGUACGCAGGAGGUCAGCGAAUCACCACCAUCCAGCUGGACGGUGUGCAGUACUUUAUCAGCCGGAUGAACCCAUACUCGCCGGAAUUGAACUACUUCCUCGCCUACCAGUACUGCCGCUCGCUGGGACUGCAGCUGGCCUCGUUCGAGACAAAGGAAAAGGUAGAAUCGAUGACCGAGUACCUGCAGAAUGCCGGCUACGGCAAGUACAACUUCUGGACGUCCGGCAACCGGCUCGGUACGGGUAUGUUCCUGUGGAUGAGCACCGGUCUGCCGUUCAACGCCACGUUCGACUACUUCGAGAAGUCACCGGAAACGGUCGGUUUGGAUCCGCUAGACAACAACAGCAACACCUCCCCUCAACGUACUGCCCGCGAUAGCAGCAGCGGACUGCAGAAGGGAUGCGUGCACCUGAAGGCACCGAGCCUACGGUGGGCCCCGGAAGACUGUUCGGCCGUGAAAGAUUUCAUCUGCGAGCAAACGCGAUGCUACUACUACAACUACGGUAGCAUUCCGGUUUCGUCCGCGCAGGGCCGUCCAAUUCAAACGUCAACCAGUAGUGCGUUCUACACCACGCUUGCUGCCACAACGACAACAACGACUACCCCCACCACGACGGAACCCUCAACCACUGCUGCUGAAGCGCGCCAGUUUGUGUCCUUCUCCACCGUGUCGACGGUUGUGCCGCAGCUGAAUGCUGAGCAUACCUCACCAUUAGCCUCGCUGCUGAACGGUGACAUCUUGGAGCAGGAUCGUACCGCACGGCCGUCGGCUUCACAGCAUGCAAACACAGCCGAGGAGGAACACGAUGAAGAACUGGAGCUUGACCAUGAUCAGGAAGAGGACGAGCAGCAGUUGCACGGGGACGAACUGGAAGAGGAAGAUGAUGAGGCGAACGUGGUCGGACGGAGCAGUCAGAGUGUGAAUGCAGUAGCCGAGGAUGAAGAGGACGACGAGCACGAGCAGGAGGAGCAUGAGCACGACGAAACCGAUGACGAGGACGAACAAGCGGCCGAGUUGCAUCAUCAGCAAGCCCUUGCCGCCGGUCAGAAUACGGAUGCAGUCGUUUCCACCCUGCCCGAGGACAUACCGGUCGAGCAAAAGCUGAAGCAAAUCACCAAGGAGAUCGAACAGCUUUCCGGUGGUGCGGGUGAUCGCGAGCUACGUUUGGACAGCCGUCAGAGCUUCCUGUCGCUGUCCGAUCUGAUCAAGAAUAUUCGUCCAGCAGAAAAGGUGGUACCGCAGAUCGACUCGUCCUACGCAAACACGAUGCGCGUCCUUGGCGAACCACUCAGUCAUGGUCAGAAAAGAUAAGCGUCAAUUGCGAUAUUGGCGUGACGUUGGAAGAGGACGAUACGAGGAGAGACUUUUAAGCGUUACUUUUUAACAGUUUUAGAGAGGAAAAAAACCACACAUGUCGCAUUUAAACCAUGCAUACCACCGUCCAUCCAUCCAUCUUUGAUUGUAGUGUUUCGCUGGUUUCGGUUAGUUUAGGUGCUUCGUUUAGGUUCUGCAGGAUCGUUUUAACAUUGUUGCAAUGUACGGUUCUCUCUGAGGACAACAACCCAAUCGGUAUCAAUAUUGGAAGGAACUUGAAUUUUUGGAACAUUGGGACAUCGCUUCUCGAGAGAACUUCCGUUCGCUAAUGUUUGCACUGGGAACUCGGGGACUAUAUAAUGUCAUCUCUGCCCAUUCACCCACAACACAUUCCCUUAUCAUCAUCACCAUCAUCGUCCAUCCUCACUCGCAUACGACUACCCGUCAGAAAUCGUUUAGCGGCAAGAACAUUUCGGUAAUGCUGCUGAUCUCCCCCUAAAGGCUUGCGGAUGAUUUUGCACACAUUUUAAAAUGAGCUUUUGAUUAACUUUACCGAUGGUCGUCAGUGUGGGACGGAAGUAUGGACCACCGAGAACUAAUUAAAAUGUCGUUUGCACUUCCCAUCCUUGGUGGAUGUCGGUCGGAGACAAACUGCACCGAAAUAGUUCCCAAUCCCACCCCGAAAUGAUUAUUUCCUCCACAAAUCCUCCACCAAACAUACAAGUGACGGAGUAAGGUUAAGCAUUAAACAAGUAACAGAAUACGAACGGUAGAGUAAGUGUACUAGAAUUCUUGUGAUUUAAACUGAACACGAAGGAGAGAGAUCAUUGUAAGACAAACCAGAAGUGACAGGAAAUGUAGCCGUCCAGACCCGGGCAUACGUUUUCACGGACAGAUACACUGGA